UCUUGGAAACAACAUUAAAAUUUCACCUUUUCCUGAUGACGAUGAAUUUGACAAAAUCAUGAAAACUUUGAUCGGUGAUCACGAAGAACAACCACGUCUUGUUGUUCUCUACACAGUUCAAAGAGAUUCUCGUAAAUUGUUGAAAGCAAAAAAAGAGCAUCCACGCGGCUCGAGAAUAUUCUUUGUAGGAAGUAUUGGAUGGAGUAAUCACAGAGACAUUACAAAUGGCCUGGAGGAUAUCGCUGACGGGACGAUAACAUUUGGACAUCGUGAAGGAAUGAUUCCUGAAUUUCAAAGUUAUUUUAGAAGUCUUAGACCCAGUAAUUACAGCAGGGAUUAUAAGAAAUGGUUUGGUGAAUACUGGCAACAAACUUACAAGUGUAAACUUAAAAAUAUUACAAUUCCAACUGAAUACACAAAUGAAUGCAAAGAUGAGCCAAACAUAGGUUACAAAGAACUGGCUCCUGUUCAAGUCGUUAUAAACGCUGUACAAGCAAUGGCAAAUGGUCUUAAUGCAUUACACCAACAGAAAUGCCUUGGAAAACCAGGACUCUGUGACGAAAUGCGACCCAUUGACAGAACGUUACUUUUACAAUUUCUUCGUAAUGUUACAUACGUAGAUGCAGCAUUCCACUUUCCUGUGUCGUUCAACGCACAACAGGAAGUCGAUGGAAACUACACCAUAUUCAACUUCCGUUUGAAUGGCCAAUCAUCGUAUGAGUAUGAUCAAGUGGGAUCAUGGGUGAGCAAGCUUGAUUCUAAUGGCAAUAUUGUGGGAAACUUGUUACUUGAUGAAUCAAAAAUACGAUGGCCAAAUGGCAACUUAAGUCAACCGUCAUCGACCUGUAGACCAAAAUGUACACGUAAUCAAAUUAUUAUGUCACGUGAAGACAACUGUUGCCAUAGAUGUCACACGUGUGGGGCAAAUGACAUAGUGGUAAACAACACGUGCAAGACAUGUGCUGAGACCCAUGUCCCUCAAAUUAAUAUGUCUAGUUGCAAAAAACUUCCAUUGCAUUUCGUGAACAUAAACACUCCACUUGCAGUAGUUAUAACAUUUUUUUCCUCCAUUGGACUUCUUUUUGACGCUAUUGUAUUGGGAAUAUUCUUGAAGAAAACUGACCACAAGCUAAUUAAGGCAUCAGGUCGUGAAAUGUGUUGUUUUAUGUUGGUUGGCAUAGCAACUAUAUUUACAGUGCCGAUGAUUUCGCUAUCAAAGCCAUCAAAUGUUCGGUGUUACGUUGAACGUUUUAUUAUGGGAGUAUCUUUUACUGUAUGUUAUGCACCAUUACUUAUGAAAAUGUUUCGCAUUCAUCGCAUCUUUAAACACGCCAAUCAACUGCGCCGUUUAUCUCCGAGUGGUUUGAUUGGCAAACGUUCUUUGCUUUUGAUCACGGCAGGUCUCAUAGCAAUUCAAGGAUUAUUGUGUUGGCUCCUCUUUAGCACAGACCCACCUGAAUUGAUGGAAAAGUAUUAUCAGAAGAGGAAAGAACUUGUGCUUGAGUGUGAUUUCAAGAAGUCUACAUUUGCAAUUUAUUUCGUGUACAAUGCUGUAUUAAUAGUAUGGUGUACAUUUUAUGCUUUCAGAACACGUCAUUUUCCCAAGAAUUUUAACGAAGCUCUAUACAUAGGAAUCACGAUGUAUUUGACUUGCGUAGUAUGGGUUAUAUUUUUUGCAACUUUUCUCAACACAGACUACAGUAUUCAUCGUGUUUAUUGGUCGUCUUCAAUGAGCCUUGUUAUUGGUUGGAUCGCUCUUUUUGGUUUAUUCUUUCCCAAGAUCUAUCACGUUUACACUAAAACAGAGUUUCCUGCAGAAAAUGUACUAACAUGGGGCGAGACGUCGUUUUCUACCCAGGAGAGUUCUGCAAAUGCUGUGAACGUUUGUCAGCGUUGUUUUGAGACAAAGCAGAAUAGUUGUUCUACUGAGUUGAAGGUCGUUAAAGGAUUUGUUAAUCAAGCUUUCUAAGUUGAAAUGGCUAUAAUUUUACUGUAUACUCUUUUUAACAUAUAAAUUACGUGCUCGAGAUAUUUAUUGGAUGAUAUUUGAUGAGGAUCAGAAGAAAACUUUUUGAAUUAUCAUUCUGUUUUUGUUAUCAGUCACGAUAAAAAGAUUACGUGAGAUUUUUAUUGCCUUUAAAUAAAUAAAGAAUGCCACAAUUGAAUCAUAAA